AUGGCAAUGAGUUUUAUCAAGACUCUUUUUGCCUCACCGGAGGUCAACCCAAGCACCCGAAAGGCCAAAUCGAUUCCUAUAUUGAACCCCUUCGACCAAUAUGGACGAGUAUUCUUCUUCUCAUGGGUUGGCUUCAUGGUCGCAUUCCUGUCAUGGUAUGCAUUCCCGCCACUGUUGACAGUCACUAUCAAAAAAGACCUGCACAUGACGCAAGCAGAAGUCGCCAACUCCAACAUUAUUGCACUCCUCGCCACGCUCCUCGUGCGGCUUGUGGCAGGACCACUUUGUGACCGCUAUGGUCCACGCCUGGUCUUUGUAGGACUUCUCCUCUGUGGAGCAAUCCCUACUGCCAUGGCUGGUCUUGUCACCAACGCAAACGGGUUGAUUGCUCUAAGAUUCUUCGUUGGAAUCCUAGGAGGAACUUUUGUUCCAUGCCAGGUCUGGUGUACAGGUUUCUUCGACAAGAAGAUUGUUGGUACAGCCAACUCCCUGGCCGGAGGAUGGGGUAAUGCAGGUGGAGGAAUCACAUACUUCGUGAUGCCAGCCAUAUAUGACUCCCUCAUGCAAUCCCGCGGUCUUCCCUCCCACAAAGCGUGGCGCGUCGCCUACAUUGUUCCGUUCAUUAUCAUCUGCGUCGUCGCCAUGUGCAUGCUCUUCCUCUGCGAAGACACGCCCACAGGAAAAUGGUCUGAAAGACACCUCUGGGCAAAGGAGUCGAGCGGCACUGCGACGCCCUUGGAUGGGAACAUCGUCGACCUUAACACAGGCACAUUCUCCAGUGGAAUGACCACACCCUACAACCCAGCAACAAUAGAUAUCGAGAAGAAGGGCGCCCAGACACCACAGGUUAUGGACAAGGACAGUUCCGCAGUAGGACAGAUGGACAACAUCUUCAAACAAGAAACUGUCGUCGCCCCAUCUCGCAAGGAAGCUCUCAACGUGGCUUUGAGUCUGUCCACAAUGGCCGUUGCUAUUCCCUAUGCCUGCUCGUUUGGAUCUGAGCUCGCCAUCAACUCAAUCCUGGGAUCUUACUAUGAGAAGAACUUCCCACACAUGGGUCAGACUGAAACUGGUCAAUGGGCUGCCAUGUUCGGGCUGCUGAAUGUAGUCUGCCGUCCUAUGGGUGGUCUCUUUGGUGACUUGGUUUACCGGGCUACUGAUAAUGUCUGGUCGAAGAAACUUUUAUUGACAUUUUUGGGACUCGCUAUGGGCGCAUUCCAGCUUGCGAUCGGAUUAUCCAAUCCGACGAAGGAGUCUGCCAUGUUCGGUCUUAUCGCUGGAAUGGCUUUCUUCCUUGAGGCCUGCAAUGGUGCUAACUUCGCCGUUGUGCCUCAUGUUCAUCCAUUUGCUAAUGGCAUCGUCUCUGGAAUUGUUGGUGCCUUUGGUAACCUUGGAGGAAUUAUCUUUGCCAUUGUUUUUAGAUAUAAUGGAGCUCACUAUGAGCGAUCGAUGUGGAUCAUCGGUGUCAUAUCCUUGGGGGCAAACUUGGCUGUCUCUUGGAUCCGCCCUGUUCCCAAAACUGAAUAA